UUCUGGGAGAAGGUUAGAGAUGGCAAGCGUGGUAAGAGUACUGGGUAAACGUUACUGGCCAGCUCAAAUAGAAACGCUGGUAAAGUAUCGUAGUUGUGGCCCGGGAUUGAACAGAACGACCCCAUUGCAUUCCAUUUCCCUUGGACAGUCACAGUCAUCGUCUGUAUCAUUCGACCAGUUCUUGAUCAAGUUUCGGCAAUUGGAACCAAAGAGAAAUCAACACAACGAUGAAAAGUUACUGCAACCAGUGUCAAAGCAAUCGUAUGACCUUAUGAAUGGUUUUCCCAAAACUUUUUUCUUUAAAAGAAAACGAGAUCCUAAUAAGAAACGGGUCCCUAAACUUAUAUUAGUCCAAAAUCCAUUUACAUGGAUUAUGAUAAAAAUUGACUUCUGCGUUUUACGCCACGUAUGGGAUCCUAGUUUUCAAGAAAAUGAAUUUAAAUUUGGAACAAAACAGGCAAUUUCCCGUGUCACGGAUGUAAUAAGCAAAGGUCAAUAUGGCGAGCUAAAUGGCUUAUUAACAAAAGCCGCUCGCCUAAGCUUGUUGAGAGAGUUGGAACGCAACUGGAGUGAUCGACAAAGGUCGCUGUUGGCUCUGAGCCGAAACGAUAUUCAGAUAUCCUCGCCAAGGAAAGUAUACUUCAUCAGAAUCGCAGAUAAAAAAUACUGCGACGUGGACAUGGCCUUUCUUGCUUUAAAAUGGGUCCCUAUCAACACAAUAGAUGCUUUAAUAUUUACCGAAAUAUUUGCAAGAUUUCACCGCGAGUAUACUCCGCACUGCAUACCUGAAUGGACCAUAGCUUACUUUAAAGUCACGAGAUUUGAAGUGUUACGUCAAAAAUCCUAG